GCCGCUGGACCACUCCUCCGGGAAGGGGCGCCCAUCCGUGCUUUAUGGGGCAGCAGCCUGGAAAAGUGCUCGGGGACCAGCGGAGGCCGAGCCUGCCGGCCCUGCACUUCAUCAAGGGAGCGGGGAAGAAGGAGCCGGCGCGCCACGGGGGACCCCACUGCAACGUCUUUGUGGAGCACGAAGCUCUUCAGAGGCCCGUGGCGUCGGACUUGGAGCCCCAGGGUCUGAGCGAGGCUGCCCGCUGGAACUCCAAGGAGAACCUCCUCGCCGGGCCCAGCGAAAAUGACCCCAACCUCUUUGUUGCCCUCUACGACUUUGUAGCCAGCGGGGACAACACUCUGAGCAUCACCAAAGGUGAGAAGCUCCGGGUCUUGGGCUACAACCACAAUGGAGAAUGGUGCGAAGCCCAAACCAAGAAUGGCCAGGGCUGGGUCCCCAGCAACUACAUCACGCCCGUCAACAGCCUGGAGAAGCACUCCUGGUACCAUGGCCCUGUGUCCCGCAAUGCCGCCGAGUACCUGCUGAGCAGCGGCAUCAAUGGCAGCUUCCUGGUGCGGGAGAGCGAGAGCAGCCCCGGGCAGAGGUCCAUCUCGCUGCGCUACGAGGGCCGCGUGUACCACUACCGCAUCAACACUGCCUCCGAUGGCAAGCUCUACGUGUCCUCAGAGAGUCGCUUCAACACGCUGGCCGAGCUGGUGCAUCACCACUCCACCGUGGCCGACGGGCUCAUCACCACCCUCCACUACCCGGCCCCCAAGCGCAACAAGCCCACCGUCUACGGCGUGUCCCCCAACUACGACAAGUGGGAGAUGGAGCGCACGGACAUCACCAUGAAGCACAAACUGGGUGGGGGCCAGUACGGAGAGGUGUAUGAGGGCGUGUGGAAGAAGUACAGCCUCACCGUGGCCGUGAAGACCCUGAAGGAGGACACCAUGGAAGUGGAGGAGUUCUUGAAGGAAGCCGCAGUGAUGAAGGAGAUCAAGCACCCGAACCUGGUCCAGCUCCUCGGGGUCUGCACGCGGGAGCCCCCCUUCUACAUCAUCACCGAGUUCAUGACCUACGGGAACCUACUGGACUACCUGCGCGAGUGUAACCGGCAGGAGGUGACGGCCGUGGUGCUGCUCUAUAUGGCCACGCAGAUCUCCUCGGCCAUGGAGUACCUGGAGAAGAAGAACUUCAUCCACAGAGACCUCGCGGCCCGGAACUGCCUGGUUGGGGAGAACCACUUGGUGAAGGUGGCCGACUUCGGCCUGAGCAGGCUGAUGACAGGGGACACCUACACCGCGCACGCAGGUGCCAAGUUCCCCAUCAAGUGGACCGCGCCCGAGAGUCUGGCCUACAACAAGUUCUCCAUCAAGUCGGACGUCUGGGCCUUCGGGGUCUUGCUCUGGGAAAUCGCCACCUACGGCAUGUCGCCGUACCCCGGGAUCGACCUGUCCCAGGUGUAUGAGCUGCUGGAGAAGGACUACCGUAUGGAGCGCCCAGAGGGCUGCCCAGAGAAGGUGUACGAGCUCAUGCGAGCCUGCUGGCAGUGGAGCCCCGCCGACCGGCCGUCCUUCGCGGAAAUCCACCAGGCCUUCGAGACGAUGUUCCAGGAGUCCAGCAUCUCCGAUGAAGUGGAGAAGGAGCUGGGGAAGAAGGGAGCGCGAGGGGCCCCCGGGAUGCUGCUGCAGGCCCCAGAGCUGCCCACCAAGACGAGGACGUCCAGGCGCACCACAGAGCCCAGAGACCCAACGGACGGGCCUGAGGCGGCCCACUCCCGAGGCCCCGGGGAGACAGAGGCCUUGGACCCGGAGCCCGCCGUGUCCCCGCUGCUGCCGCGCAAGGAGCGAGGACCCCAGGACGGCGGCCUGAGCGAGGACGAGCGGCUGCUGCCCAAGGACAAGAAGCCCAACCUCUUCAGCGCCCUGAUCAAGAAGAAGAAGAAGACGGCGCCCACCCCGCCCAAGCGCAGCAGCUCCUUCCGCGAGGUGGACGGGCCUCCCGAGCGCAGGGGCGCGGCCGACGAAGACGCCCUGGGCCGCGAGCUCAGCAACGGGGCGCCGGCCCUCACGCCCCCCGACGCCGCCGAGCCAGCCAAGGCCCUGAAGGCCGGCGCGGGAGCGGGUGUCCCCAACGGGGCCUUCCGGGAGCCCGGGGGCGCCGGCUUCCGCUCUCCGCACCUGUGGAAGAAGUCCAGCACGCUGACCAGCAGCCGCCUGGCGGCCGGGGAGGACGAGGCGGGCGGCAGCGCCAGCAAGCGCUUCCUGCGCUCCUGCUCCGCCUCCUGCGUGCCCCACGGGGCCCGGGACACCGAGUGGCGCUCGGUCACGCUGCCGCGGGACCUGCAGUCCACGGGGAGACAGCUGGACGCGGCCACCUUCUCCGGGCACCGCAGCGAGAAGCCGGCGCUGCCCCGCAAGCGCGCCAGCGAGCACCGGAGUGAGCAUGCGCCCCGCGGCACGGUGACGCCCCCGCCGCGGCUGCUGAAGAAGACGGAGGAGGCGGCCGACGAGGUCUUCCGGGACCCCGCCGAGGCCAGCCCCGGCUCCAGCCCCCCCAGCCUGACCCCCAAACUGCUGCGGAGGCAGGUGAUGGCCCCCGCCGCGGGCCCGCCCCACAAGGAAGAGAGCGGGAAGCCGGGCGCUGCGGGGACCCCGGCAGCUGCUGAGCCCGCGCCCCCCACGAGCAGAACGGGGCCAGGAGGGGCCGGCAAGGCCCCGGCGGAGGAGGCCCGGGGGAGGCGGCACAAGCCCUGCUCUGAGUCCCCAGGCAAGGACAAGGGGAAACUGGCCAAGCUGAAGCCGGCGCCCCCGCCGCCUCCUGCCGGGCCCCUGGGGAAAGGGGGGAAGCCCGGCCCCAGCCCCAGCCCGGACGCCGCGGGGGAGCCAGGCGCCGGCCGGAAAGGGGGCUCCUCAGCUCUGGCAGUGGACGCUGGCGGCUGCGAGGCCAAGCCCGGGCCCCUGGGGGAGGGCUCCAGGAAGCCCGUGCCACCCUCGGCGCCCAAGCCGCAGUCGUCGGCCCGGCCCGCGGGCGCCACGGGCAGCCCCGCACCCGCCGCGCCACUCUCGGCCACGGCGGCCCUGGCCGGGGACCCGCCGUCCUCCACCGCCUUCACCCCGCUCAUAUCGACCCGCGUGUCCCUCCGGAAGACGCGGCAGCCCCCCGAGCGCAUCGCCAGCGGCACCGUCACCAAGGGCGUGGUCCUGGACGGCACGGAGGCCCUGUGCCUGGCCAUCUCCAGGAACUCGGAGCAGAUGGCCAGCCACAGCGCCGUGCUGGAGGCCGGCAAGAACCUGUACACCUUCUGCGUGAGCUACGUGGACUCCAUCCAGCAGAUGCGCAACAAGUUCGCCUUCCGCGAGGCCAUCAACAAACUGGAGAACCACCUCCGCGAGCUGCAGAUCUGCCCGGCCACGGCGGCCAGCGGCCCUGCCGCCACGCAGGACUUCAGCAAGCUGCUGGGCGCCGUGCGGGAGAUCAGUGACAUCGUGCAGAGGUAGCAGGGGCGACGCCCGGCCCCAGGGAGGACCAGCUCUCCCUCCUCACACUCCCGGGGGGCUCCUCCUGCGCUCCCUGCCCCCAGGAAACAAGGGCCCCCGGCAUGUCCCCAGGGACAGACAGCACUAGGGGGCAGGGCGGUGUCCAGAACAGCGCGAAAGCCAGCCAGCCUCCAGUCACGGACGCGGGGUGCCAUCCCUGCCCGCACCGCUGACCCUGGGGAACGAGAGUCCAAGGGGCUGGGACUUCGUGCUGCACGUGGCUCAGAAUAUUGGGGCUCUGGGUGACCCUGACCCCUGGCCCACCACCACCAAUACUCACACAUGCGCACGCACACACACAUUCAGACACACACGUGCGCACGCGCCCAGGGUUCUGAGUGACCCCUGGCCUACUGCCACUACAACCAACAUACCUGCAUUGAAGGAGACUGGGGGGUCCGAUGGCACCACAGCCCCUCCAGGAGCAGCUGCCCGCGUGGCGCCCAGCUCACGCCCACCCGCAGCUCCGCCUCUUGGGUGUCAGGGACGAGGAGAACCAACAGGGGCGCCCCCAGCACCCAUCCGACGAGCAGACCUUGGUGUCAACCCCGCACCAGGGCCCCGACUCCUGCCCCGGAGCGGCCACACGGCUGCUCUGCGCUGACCACCAGAACUGGCCUUUUCUCUGGCUGAGACGGUCGCCCCCAUGGCCACUCUCAGCCCUUCCUCCGCCUGCCCCUGCCCUGGACGGGGCUCGAUCACCACCAGCGGCCUUGCAGACGCCGAGCCUGCGUCUGUCCUCAGCGUCACGCCUGCUCUCAGCGACGGCCUCUGCCCACCUUCCAUUCCUUCCGGAACGCCUCUGGGUCGGCUUCCUGUGUUGUGUUUCUUUCCCUUUUUGGUCCAGUACAUUUUGUUUCUGUGUCUGGGGUCCACCUCUCUGCUCCGUAGCCUUUUUUAAAUAAAUGUUUACAACAUUCUCA